AUGACUGUAACACUGUCCCUGUUUGCGGUAGAGUCUAUUGAAAAGAAAAUAGAAGACUUUACGAAUUUCAGGACAAAUCAACAAACAGCCCAAUUAAACAGGUUUCUAAGAAGAAGAAGAAGUAUUCAACACUGUGAUGCUAUACAACAGUAUCAUGAAACAGGAUUUAACAUCAAUCACGCCAGUAUUUGUCCUUGGGUAAAUAAACUGAAGAACGAAGGAAGACAGUUUUACUAUGAAGCCGAGUGUCGAUGUGUACGACCAAACAGCAUUUACGUCAUCGACAACAACAUCCGGUGCGUGGAGGUGUUCAAAUCUCUCAAAUUCGAAAAAGUUGUCUGCUCCGGUGGUGCUUGUAGAAUAGUCUAUGGCCUGGAUUGUAGUGGACUUCCGGAUGGUAAUUAUGAAAUAGGAUGUAGAUCGUACGGAGUGUGUGCUGGAGGUGUCGUCAAAAUCGUGGACUGUGAUCACGGAAAAGUUUAUGACAACUCCACUGGAACUUGUGAAGAACCCUCUACUGUACAUGGAAUCUGUAGUCAGACACGUGACUGCUCUAAUAAAGCUGAUGGCCUGUACGCAGACACAGAGACCCACUGUAAGACUUACUACACCUGCUAUAAAGGAGUGUUCGAUAGUCAUAAUUUCUGCUCUAGAGUGACAGUUUUCGAUGAAGCCAAACAAACAUGUAACUGGCCGAAUGCUGUUGAUCCUCCAUGUGGAACUAAAGGCAUGGCUACGUCAUCGACUGGUUAAUGUCAAAGUGUGUGGACAACAAAACGAUAUAUAAAUUAUAGAAUUUUA